AUGCCUUACCUGCAUCGGUCUCUGAAGCCCCAGCCACACCCAGUCCCCGGGGAUGCCCGGACUAUCCACUCUUCGGGUCAAAGCUUUGAACAGUUGAGGCAGGGUUGCCUACAGUCGAGAACCUUGUUUGAGGAUGCUGACUUCCCUGCCAGCAACAGUUCCCUGUUCUACAGCGAGAGGCCCCAGGUCCCCUUUGUGUGGAAACGACCAGGGGAAAUUGUGGAAAACCCAGAAUUCAUUCUUGGAGGAGCCACCAGGACUGACAUCUGCCAAGGGGAACUGGGAGACUGCUGGCUCCUGGCGGCCAUCGCCUCCCUAACCCUCAACCAGAAAGCACUGGCCAGGGUGGUUCCCCAGGACCAAGGCUUUGGCCUUGGCUAUGCCGGGAUAUUUCACUUCCAGUUCUGGCAGCACAGCGAGUGGCUGGAUGUCGUGAUCGAUGACCGCCUGCCCACCUUCAGGGACCGCCUGGUCUUCCUCCAUUCUGCUGACCACAAUGAGUUCUGGAGCGCACUGCUGGAGAAAGCCUACGCCAAGCUUAACGGGAGUUAUGAGGCACUGAAAGGGGGCAGCACCAUGGAGGCCAUGGAAGACUUCACUGGGGGUGUGGCCGAGACCUUCCAAAUGCGAGAAGCACCGGAGGACCUCUAUGAUAUUCUGGAGAAGGCCUUGAAGCGUGGUUCCCUGCUGGGCUGCUCCAUAGAUAUCCUGGAUGCCUCUGAAUCUGAAGCCCGCACACCUUUUGGUCUCAUUAAGGGCCACGCCUACACUGUGACUGGGCUGGACCAGGUAAACUUCCAAGGCCGGAGAAUCAAGCUCAUCAGAGUUCGAAACCCUUGGGGCCAGGUGGAGUGGACCGGGCGCUGGAGCGACAGCUCCCUCGAGUGGCGCUCUGUGGACCUGGAGGAGCAGAAGCGCCUGGGUCACUCUGCUCUUGACGAUGGGGAGUUUUGGAUGGCAUUCGAGGACUUCAAGGCCCAUUUUGAUAAAGUGGAGAUCUGCAACCUCACACCUGAUGCCCUGGAAGACAAUGCCCUUCACAAAUGGGAGGUGACCGUCCACCAAGGAAGCUGGGUUCGUGGCUCCACGGCUGGUGGCUGCCGCAACUUCCUGGACACCUUCUGGACCAACCCACAGAUAAAACUGUCCCUGAUGGAGAGGGAUGAGGGCCAGGAGGGCUGCACUUUCUUAGCUGCCUUGAUGCAGAAAGACCGCAGGAAGCUCAAGAGGUUUGGCGCCAACAUGCUGACCAUCGGCUACGCCAUUUACCAGUGCCCAGACACAGACCAGGACCAGGAUGGACACCUGAGUAGGGACUUUUUCCGGUACCACGCCUCCCUGGCCCGAAGCAAGACAUUCAUCAACUUAAGAGAAGUGUCGGGUCGCUUCCAGCUGCCCCCGGGAGACUAUGUCCUCAUCCCCAGCACCUUCGAGCCACACCAGGAGGCUGACUUCUGCCUGAGAAUCUUCUCUGAGAAGAGAGCAGUUACUCGGGACCUGGAUGAGAACGUAGACAUUGAUCUUCCUGAGCCCCCAAAGCCAACUCCACAGGAGGAGGAAACAGAGGAGGAGCGGCAGUUCCGGGCCCUGUUCCAGCGAAUUUCUGGUGAGGACAUGGAGGUGUCUGCUGAGGAGCUUGAGUAUGUUUUAAAUGCUGUUCUGCAAAAGAGUAAGUCCCUCAAGUUCAAGAAGCUGAGCCUGCUGUCCUGCAGAAAUAUCAUCUCUCUGAUGGACACCAGUGGCAAUGGGAAGCUGGAGUUUGAAGAGUUCCGGGUGUUUUGGGACAAGCUGAAGCACUGGAUGAACCUGUUUCUCCGGUUCGAUGUGGACAAGUCUGGCACCAUGUCUUCCUAUGAGCUGCGGACCGCGCUGAAGGCUGCAGGCUUUCAGCUAAGUGGCCAUCUCCUGCAGCUGAUCAUCCUCAGGUACACAGACGAGAGCCUCCAGCUGGGCUUUGAUGACUACCUCAACUGCCUGGUGCGGCUGGAGAACGCAAGCCGGGUGUUCCAGGCUCUCAGGAUAAAGAACAAAGACAUCAUCUGUCUCAACAUAAACGAGUUCAUCGCCUUGACCAUGAACAUCUGAGAUUGCACCGGGACGCCGUCUGUCCUUCCGAUACUCACCUUCUAGACCAUGAGAGUCAGGAUGGUUAUUGGAAGGCCAUUGUCCCCACUGCUCUCUCCCUGCCUCACACCACCCCCUCCCCUCUCCACGGUGAUCUAGAAGAAUCUAAAGGAAUUGGCUGUGUUUUCUGAUUCUGAUAUUUUCUGUAAAAUCAUUUCUUCACAAGAAGCAACGGUGCCACUGUGCCAUGCAUACACGUAUAGCUAUGUGUAGGUGCGCAUGCGUGCAGCUGCCCUCAGGAGCCAGAAGAUCCUCUCAAGCUGAAGUCGUAGGCGGUUGGGAGCUGGGCGGCCGGGGUGCUAGAGACCUGGGUCCCCUGCAAGAGCAGCACGGGCUCUUGCCUGCCAAGCCCUCUCUUCAGCCAUCCCACCCUGGGUUUUGGCUUGUUUCGGGUUGUAUUUGGUUUUUGUUUGUGAGGCAGGGUCUUUCAUCUGAAACCCACCAGAUGGGAUAGGUUGGCUGGCCAGUGAGUCCUAGGGAUCUCUCUGUUUCACACCACCAACUUUGCCUUUUUAAAAGGAGGCUUCUGAGGAUUAAACGUAGAUGCUCUGGCUUGAGAGGCAAGCACUUUACCUGCUAAGCCCCUCCCGGCCUUUUCAUUCUAACUUUUAAGAGCAUUUGUAACUUACUUAUUAAAUGAGAUGUAUGUGUGUAACAAGGUGCAGGUGAGUGCAGGUGCCUGAGCGGUCAGGGUGCUGGAUUCCCUGCAGCUGGAAUGGAUUAUAGGCAUCUGGGAACUGCCUGAGGUGCAUGCUGGGAACUGCACUCUUUUAAAGACAAAGUCUCACCUAUGCAGCUCUGGCUGGUCUCAAACUCAGAGAUCCACCUGCCUCUGCCUCCGCAGUGCUGGAAUUAAAGGUGUGCCCCCAGACCUGGCCAGCCCUUUUAAUUGUUCUUAACCCAUGAGCCAUCUUUCCAGCCAUCACUACCUAAACAUUUUUUUUCUCUCCAUUUGGAGAAAUGACUCGGUGGUUAAGAGCAAGAACUGCUCAUGUCAAAGACUGAAGUCGAAGUCUCCACGCUCACAAGGGGGCUUCACAGUCACCCGCCAUCAAUGUCUGCUCCUCAGAGUGGUUUCUAGGCUUGACCCCAUCACAGCCCUGUCGUCAGACCAAAAGAACACACACACGAGGCAUAGAAACUGUCUCUAAAGGUUCUUAGACUUUUUUCCUCUGGGCACUGCCUGGCGCAAUAUAUAGAACCAACCCCUGGUAUUUGAAAUUUGAAGUUGGCUCCAAACUCCCCCAAAUCCUAUCCACUGAGAGGCCAGGGUUUGAGAAAAACAGGGCAUGUGACUUGGGCAAUAGUACCAAGUUCACUGGUGCCAGCCCAAUUCUGGGCCCUGGAUCUUUG